AAAAGUUGUGAGGUGUGCGUUGGGACUCGGGAGGCUUUAUUUUUUGCUUUUUCUUCUUUAAAACGAGCUCUCUCUCAAUUCUAAUUUCUAAGCUAGGGUUUAAGAGCUCAGCUACUCAAGCCUUUCGACAAAGAGGAAAAAAACAGUCGACUUUUCCACAGCCAUGGCGAGCACCAAAGUCCAGAGGAUCAUGACUCAACCCAUCAACCUGAUCUUCAGGUUUCUCCAAAGUAAAGCUCGCAUUCAGAUUUGGCUUUUUGAGCAGAAAGAUUUGAGGAUUGAAGGUCGAAUUAUUGGUUUUGAUGAGUACAUGAAUUUGGUUCUGGAUGAUGCUGAAGAAGUUAACAUCAAGAAAAAGAGCAGAAAGUCAUUAGGAAGGAUUCUUCUUAAGGGAGAUAAUAUAACUCUUAUGAUGAAUAGUGGAAAGUGAUGGUCAUCCCGUCGGUUAUGUGGACUAGCGUUAUAAGUCUUUUUAAUUUCAUGUAGGUCAAGCCACUUGACUCAACUGUGCUAUCUUUAAAGCAUACCUUCACCUUUCAUGUAUUAUAAGUCACCUUACAGAAGCUGCUUCUUAUAUUUCAGACAGUUACUGGUGCUUGCUUAGUUUAUCCAAUGAUUAACAUGUAUGAUUCUAUCCAUUGAUCUGUAGUAAUGUUUAGAUUUGUGGCUAAGUCAGCUUCAGAAAA